ACAGCCACAUGCAUGAAGCUGUGCUCUGUUACAAGUGUAGCCUGCACUAACGAGUGCUGUUUGACCCACUCAUAAAUGAUUUUGGUCUUGGACUAAACAAAGUUUAAGAAUACAAACUAAAACUCCCUGUUUUUGGUUUUCACUUGAAUGAAGUCUCAGUUUAACAAGACUGGUUUGUAGGGAUUCACAGCUGUUUGCUAUGGGUAGACAUCCUGAAUGUAUCCUGUGACACUCCCAUGACAGCCUGCUGUGAACCUGAGCAUGGUCUUGUUCCUCGGUCUUACUUUGAUUGGUGAGACACCAAACAGUGUUGUUGAUGGUUCUAUCCCAGAAACACCUUCUCCGAGAGAUGUUGGCUUGAAGCUUCGAGAGGCUCUGAAGCAGCAGCUGGCUAUCAUCCAUGAACGUGUGGAGGCCAAGAAGCUCGCUAAGCUUGCCCUAGCUGAAGUCAGGCAUCUGCUGGCAAAAGAAAAGGAGGAAACGGAGCUGGACCUGGGAAGGAAAGAAAUUACUGCCAGAGUGAAGGAGAGAGUGGCCAACAGACUAAAAGAGGAGGAGGAAAAUAUGGAAAAAGAAGAGAUUGACAAGGCUUUGGAAAAAGUGCGAAAUAAAAAGGCUAAACAGAACGAAGAGGAAAAGGAAGAAGAGGCCAAAAAAGAUGGAGUGGGGAAGAAAGCAAAAAAAGGAGGGGAAACGGUGCUGGGAAAGGAAGUAAAGAGUGAAGAAAAGGAAAAAGGCAAAUCAACCAUCAAAGAAAAAUGGAAGAAAAUGAAUGCAGAGAAAAGUAUUAAAGGAAGAAAGAAAUAAACCCCAACUCUGUACAUUUUACAUGAAAGUUAAUCCCAUAUGCAGCCAUUUUUAUUUAAAGUCAAGUCAUGUUAUGCUGAAUGGUAUUUAUCUCGGCAUUAAGUACCAAAAACCUACUGAAAGGUGGGAUUAGUGGUCUGGGUCCGCUUUACCUUUUUUCAGGCAAGAUUCCUGUUUUUUUUUUUUUUGUUUGUUUCUCCAGUGUUUGAAUAAGAUAAGGUGGACAUUGGAAUCAGCUGAGAUUUGUGUACUGUUGAACCAGUUCAUCUAUUUGCUUUUGUGAUGAGACUGAUACCAGCUAUCAUAGAGCAAGAGGAACAGUGAAAUAACCUCUAAUAUGACUUAUUCACUUCCUUUCCCUGUGAGGGAAAAUGGGAACAGUUUAGCUGAGUGAAAAAAGAUUUUCAUACACUUUUUGUGAUUACAAAUGUUACUUUCUCACCAUAGAAAUAUUUUCUAGGGUUUUUAAGUGUAAAAUAGCCAUAAGUGUUGAGUGAGAUCCAGUGAGAGGGCUACAAUAUAGCUGUUUUUACUUAUAUCCACUCUCCUUGCAGCAACUCUCCUCCAGGAUUUAUCAGAAAAAUAGAUAAGACUGCCUAAAAAAACAUGAAACUGUUUUUGCUGAAUUAAAAAUCUUUAUUUCCUGUUAAAAAUGUCAGAAUUUAUGUUCUGAGGCUUAACAUUAACAAGCAUUUAUGUUGUACCUUUUUAUGACUUAAAUUAUUUCAAUUGAAAUAUGAAAAACUGGUAAAUGGUACAGAAUUAAAAAUGGAAAGAAUCUGAUGAUCUACUAACCAUAAAGCUCCAGGGUUCCUACGUUUUAACUUAGAUUCUUUGGGAUAGUCAAUUCUUUAGAAAAAUAAAUUAACGAAUGUAGCUUGUAAAAUGUAAGGUAAGUUUAUUUAUAUAGGGCUUUUCAGCAACGAGACACUCAAAAUGCUGUAAUAAAUUAAUAAAUGUAAUAAAUUGAAUUUUCUCUAGCCAUUAAAGACUUCUCAUGUAA